UGGAGGAUGUGGCGAUGUCUCCCUGUUCGAGUCUUCCGCAGGCAGCGGUUGUCUGUGUGCGGCUUCUCAACUGGUAGCAAUCUUGCACCUGUUAGGCUCUAUGUGGUCGCUGGAGAAGCAUCGGGUGAUGCUAUCGGCGCCAAAGUUAUUCGUGCGUUACAGAGACAUCAACCGCCUCGAAGUCUUGAAAUCCGAGGAAUCGGAGGACCACUGAUGUCUAAAGCUGGUGCAUUUGAAUCGCUCUUCCCGAUGCAAGAGCUGUCGGUUAUGGGACUACUAGAAGUGGUGCCGCACAUUUGGCGGUUCCAGCGACGGAUUCACGAUACGCUGCGUGAUAUCGAGAAUUACCAACCCGAGUUGAUCCUUACAAUUGACUCAAAAGGAUUCACUUUUCGAGUGUUGAAGGCACUGCAAGCGAGUGAGCAGAAGAGCGGUGGCAAACGCAUAAAGAAGGUUCACUACGUUGCGCCGUCCGUUUGGGCUUACAAGCACCGAGGCAAGCGGGAUUUUACCGAGUUGAAGCAGCUUCUAGAUGCCAUGUUCACGAUCUUACCCUUCGAGGAAGACAUUUUUAACGCGGGGGAGGAGAUACAGAGUCCGGACAAUAAAGGUCGAACCUGGUGUCAUUUUGUGGGGCACCCAGCGGUCGAAGACUUUCUGGAAAUUAAUGGGGUCUACGAGAGCGUUGCCCUCACUGGCAACCGGCGACAUCAAUCGCCUGGAACGACAUCCCCCGGGGUCACUUUGCUUAUAUUUUACGAGACAGACACGUGCCGGACUGGAGGCAAGUACUUCUACAUCUCGGAUGUUGCAGACGCCAUUGGCACUCACACGUUGGAUACCCCACAAGCAAUUCGGUCGUUUAUGUUCGGAAAGAUGAUAACUAUGCGCGUCGACCGUCUUUCAUCUUGA